UGUUCUUGGCGCUAGGGUUUUACUCCACAGCGAUGGCGAGCAAGAAAAAGAGGAAUGGAGAGCCGGAUCGCGAGGGAUCGGAGCAGCCGCCGCAGCAUCCAUCGCCUCGCUCGUCAAUCUGGAGGAAUCGGAGCAAGGGCGACGACCCAGCCUCUCCGGAGGAAGAGCAAGCAAAGGUGGAUAGCCUGCGGUCGGCGCUGGGUUCUCUCACCGACAAAUCGCAGCGCUACUGCACCGACGCGUGCCUCAAGCGCUACCUGCGAGCCCGGAACUGGAAUCUAAAGAAGGCCGAGAAAAUGCUUAAAGAUUCUUUAAAGUGGAGGGCGACUUUCAAGCCAGAAAGCAUCCGCUGGGAGGACAUAGCCAUUGAAUCCGAGACAGGCAAGGUGUAUAGAGCCAAUUUCGUGGACAACUACGGGAGAGCGAUUCUUAUAAUGCGGCCUGCGAGACAGAACACCAAGGAUCAAAAUGGUCAGAUACGGCAGCUGGUGUACUGUCUGGAGAAUGCUGUUCUGAACUUGCCACCCGACCAGGAACAAAUGGUGUGGCUCAUUGACUUCCACGGUUGGAGCGUCUCUAACUCCGUUCCCCUCAGUGCCGCUCGCGAGACCGCUAAUGUUUUGCAGAACCACUAUCCCGAGAGGCUGGGCGUGGCGAUUCUUUACAAUCCCCCCCGGAUCUUCGAGGCAUUCUGGGCUCUAGUCAAGCCAUUCUUGGAUCCCAAGACUUACAAGAAAGUCAAGUUCGUCUACAGCAAGGAUCCCGACAGCGUCAAGCUGCUCGAGGACGUGUUUGACAUGGAGAAGCUGGACACGUCCUUUGGAGGCCGCGGUAACUGCGAGUACAACCACGAAGACUACGGCAGGAUGAUGAAGCAAGACGACGUCAAGAUGCAAGAGCACUGGCGCUAAUCCGGAGCCGAGCUACUAACACCGGUAAAAAUCGAAAGAGACCAACUUUCCGAAAGAAAAACUAUUUUUCUACUAUACACAGGAAGCUACAAGAGAUCAGAUCGGAGGAGAUCCGAGAGAAGCGUGAGAGAAUCGAUGUGGUGCUCGCUCUCUCGGAGCCUCUCUUCCGCCAAAAAGCAAUGAAUGCGAGCGGUUUGAGCGUCUCUCUCUCCCGCUCCGCAUCGUUUCUUCUUUA